UGGCAAAUUCACAAUCAUCGACUCUCGGUGUGUGAAUAUUCUCAUUCGCUAGCCAUCAUGGCACCAACUUUUAGUCUACAACAAAAAAGACAGCUGAGACGGGUGAGGCGGCCACGGACCAGAAGAACAUAUCUUCCAGUGGCGAUCUUCAAAAUCUGCUGUUUACUGUUCGGGCUUUCGUUUGUGACCUAUUCCAUCAUUCUGUUGCGGAGUAAAAGCGAGUUUGUUGGUUCAUCGUCCCGGAGCAGCUUACGGACUCCCUGGAUCCUAACGUACGAAGAGAAGCUGCAAGCCGCCAAGCGAGACUUCGGCAACGAUCGCUAUCUAUUGUUUACUGACCUUAAAAUAGGGCAAGGCACGGGUAAUAUUAUGGCGGGACUAUUGGCGGCGCAUCUUUUGGGUGACGAGUUUGGACGUACGGUCUGUGUUCACAAAACCUACAAAGAGUUCCAUUUGGCCUUUGAAGCUGCACAUCCCGAAAUUUCGCAAAACUGUCCCGCUAUCGUCAACGAGAUACCUUUUCCCACGGCUGACCAAUUCGCUGGUCGAUUCGUGCGACUCGUUAACUUUGGUAGGCCACCGGACGAGUGUGCCUUGCAAAAAUUGUUGGCGUCUGAUCACCGAGUGAUUCUCUUGGAAGCAAACACGUAUCCCCGCUGGUCCAAGGUCCCAGACAAUUACUUUUUCCGUUUUUAUCGACCCCGCCAGGAACUAUUGCAGAUUUUGCCGUACCAAACUGCGCCUCACACGGUCGUUCAUCUGCGGGCACCUGACGGAGAGGAAGACAAGCGCAAAGGAUUGGAUCCAAAAUCUUUGCAAAGUCUUGGUGUUGCUCUACCUCGAGACACGUACUUAGUCUGCAAUCGGGUCGAGUGGUACACUUCAUUUGAACGCGAUUUCGGUUGGUCUCAUCCCAACUGGCAUACCGUUGUCCAUUCGGCUCUGCGCAUUACAUGGGGUACGCGCCAGGAAUACAAGGAUCCGGAUGAGGGUCGCGUAAGUUGGGCUUUCAAUCAAGACAAAGCGACAAGAAUACGACAAACGUUGCAGAUGUUUGCGGAUUGGUAUACGAUUCUGACGGCCCAGAAGGUUUAUCACACACAUUCGGACUUUUCCGUUUCCGCGAUUCAUUGGCAAAAUAUCGAUUCUCGCAGUAUCGCUGGCUACAACAUUGCUGAGCAGCGGCUGGUGUUGUCGGAAGAGUCCUGGCGAAUCGAAGGCGAUACCCCGCGUUUGGUAGACCGCCGGCUGGAGGCUGAGGGCAUCGGCCAGUUGAGACUAUGCAAUGCUUACGGAGCAGACCGGGACCCCCUAGCGGCAUUUGAUGACGAUGAUGAACGGUUAUCGAAGAAAAAAAGAAUACCCCUGGCGGAUACACGUGCAGUUCCCGGGGCACCGACACCUCGAGGCGCCAUCCCUGUACGCCUGGAUGUGAAGGCACUGGUCCACGCCCAGUGA